AGUGUGGCACCCGCCAUAAACCACGAAGAAGAGGUUGAGGCGAGAGUCAACUGUACGAUUGCAUGGAUAGCUUCAUUUUCACGACGAGGAACGUAACUCUCGUUGCUCUUUAAAUAUAUGAACUUUGGCUGAGUUUUCUGCCGUCAAAUCGCACUAAAACAUGGCUCAUUUAACUCAAGACCCCGCCAAUAAAGAGAGGUUCAUCUGUAUAUACCCUGUGUACAUAAAUAGCAAGAAGACGCUUGCAGAGGGACGAAGGAUCCCCACAGAGAAGGCAGUUGAGAACCCAUCCUGUGCUGAGAUUAAAGAUGUCCUCACAGCAGCUGGGAUGAAUGUCUACACAGAGAACAAAAUGCAUCCGAGAGAUUCAAACCGUGACGUCCAAUUCAAAGGCAGAGUCAGAGUUCAGAUCAAACAGUCCGAUGGCAGCCUUUGUCAGGAGAAGUUUGACUCUCGUAAAACUAUCAUGAUCUAUGUGGCAGACAUGAUCCCCAAACUCAAGACUCGCACUCAGAAGAGUGGAGGAGGAGACAGCAGCUCUCAGCAGGGCGAGGGAGGAAAGAAGAGCAAGAAGAAAAAGAAAUGAAUGUUGAAAUUUGUGAUACUUUUUUCAGUCUUUUUUCAUUUUUUUCAGUCCUUUUAUCAAACUCAGACAAAAUGUUGUCUGAUGUUAAGUCAACCCUGAUUUCAUGCAAAUGCCAAGUUACAAGUUUUCUGGAGCCUCAUUUAAUUUCUGAAAACAAAUGUUCGGAUUGGAGCCAGUGAUGAGAAAAAAGGAAGCAAAAGUUAUUUUUGGUUGAACACUGGUGGUGGCGGUUGGUUAAAUAAAAGUCAUUUCAAUCCUG